GACUUUGAAGGAGGAGGAGACAAAAAAAAGUCUACAGUUCUUUUCCUUUUUCUCUCGGUUACGUCACUUGCUCUCUUGUCCAUCCAGAGCACGAAAACGCGCACACGCACAUUUCACGGGGACGCGUGGAAGAGAGAGAGAGAGAGAGAGAGAGAGAGAGAGAGAGAGAAAGACGUCGGGCGCUUUCUUUGUACUGGAUAAAGAAGAGUUGACUGCCUUCCUUUUUUUUCCAUGUAAGCAGAGUUCGCCGGCUGUAAAUAGGCUAAUAAGCCGGUUACUCUUUGUGCGUGGGAGUUGUUUUCUUCUGCAGCUCGGACGACAAGAGCAACUCUUCGAUUCCAGCAGGAUUUCAUAUCUCGCUUCCCCCCAAAAAAAGGCGAAUAAUCGAGCGUCGAUCGCCUCGUGCUGGCCGCCGAUCCCCCUUUCCAUCCUCCACCUACCCCCCCCCCCCCCACGUUCCCUUCCAAAUCCCAGCCUUUUUCGCACCGUCGGCCCCGAGGGGGGGUUGGAUCGGAUCGCUCUCGUCUCCCCCCUGCACCGGAACCGAGCGAGCAUGGCGGCCGUCACGAGCCCGGAGACGAGCCCUCAGCCCCGCGUGUAUUUCCAGACGCCGGCCGGCGCCGCGGAGGAGCCCGAGACCCCGGUCCGCAAGCAGGGUCGCGUCACCGUCAAGUACGACCGCAAGGAGCUGAGGAAAAGACUCAACCUGGAGGAAUGGAUCAUCGAGCAGCUAACGGACCUCUACGACUGCGAGGAGGAGGCCAUCCCGGAGCUGGAGAUCGACGUGGACGAGCUGCUGGACAUGCCCAGCGAUGUGGAGCGGGCCGCCAGGGUCAAGGAUUUAUUGGUGGACUGCUUUAAACCCACUGAGGACUUCAUCUCGGAGCUCCUGGACAAGAUCCGAGGGAUGCAGAAGCUUUCCACGCCUCAGAAGAAAUGAUGGCGUCCUUCCCUUUUUCCAUCCUCCUUCGUUCAUCAGCCGCCUCUCGUCUUCCUCUUCACUCCCCGCCCCCCCCCCCUUUUUUUUUUAAUCACUCA